CGUAAAAUCAAUUGACUUGUGGACAAUUAACUUUUAAUUCAACUUAGUUGACAAAAAAAUUAAAACCGCCCAAAUCUGCAUAUUUGUGUAAUUAAAGUUAUAUAAUUGAUGUCCAAGGUAUAUAACAACAACUGAAAGGUCGGAAAGCUCUGCUAAUUGUGUUUCUUUAUUUAACACGUUGACUACCAACUACAAGAUAUCUCGUAGGUUGUUUAGUUGCCAAGUUUAGUUGUUUAGGACGCCAACUACGAGUUAUCUCAUCGCUUCAUUACUUGAUUAAAUCAAAUUGGCUUUUUAGACCAGGAUCGUGAAAAGUUCCGUGGCAAUCAACGUUAAUGUUAAUCUUAAAAAUGAAAACAACUCUGAUAUGAUAGAAUGAAUCACAGAACGUUAUAACGCUCGCGCGCAAAUUGUAGUCAAUACUUAUAUAUACGAGCGGCUUGAAGCGGUCCUAUUUAGUCUUCCUUCGCUAUCGUCUCGUUGUUUGUACUCCGGUGCCUUUUAUCGUUGAAAAUGUCCAUCGCACGGAAUCGGUUGCUGUUGAUACUCAAACAGGCACAGUGUAAAAACCUCGCAAGGACGAUGAGCCUGCGAUACAUAUCUUACACGAAUAAAAUAGUAGAAAGAGCAGUUUAUACGAGCGGAUCGGAUAACAUGCAAAAAGCUCGUGUCACGACGAAGUCGUUACAGUUAACCAGUCAAAACGAGACUCGUGAGUUGAUGACCGUGUGGCCGGACAUCGUUCAGGAUAUCGUGAGCGUGAGUCAAAAGCUGAAUCUUCCGGACGUUACCGAGUGGCUGACAAGAGUACUCGAGUACAACGUCCCGGGUGGGAAAAAUACUCGCGCUUUGAUGUUGCUCUACGCCUACUACAUACUGACACCCGCUGACCGGAUAACUCGAGAGAACGUUUACCUGGCGCGGAUUUUAGCGUGGUGUAUGGAACUGCUGCAGGCCUUCCUCCUUGUGCUCGACGACAUCGAGGACCGUUCGUUGAUCCGCCGCAAACAAUUGUGCUGGUAUCGGCACGAGGACGUAGGCUUAACGGCGAUAAACGACGCUGUGUUGAUAGAGAGUGUCAUGUACCAUCUACUACGGAAGCAUUUCAAGGGGCGAGAGUGCUACACCGUCAUACUGGAGACUUGCCAGGAGAUCAUGAUGAAAACUUUGAUGGGUCAGUGUCUGGAAUUCACAAAUUUCGGCAAAACGCUCAACCUGGAUCGAUUUACGAUGGAUCGAUACGACGACAUCGCCUAUUACAAAACUGCAUAUUACACGUUCAUUCUGCCAGUGAUAGUAGCGAUGCACUUUGUCGGGAUAAAGAGUCAAAAACUGUUCGGACAAGCGACAGCAAUUCUGAUGAAGAUAGGACACUUCUACCAGGUCCAGGACGAUUAUCUGAGCUGCUACGGGAAUCGCGAGGUCCUCGGCAAAAUCGGCACUGACAUAGAAGAGGGCAAGUGCACGUGGCUGGCCGUCACGGCUCUCCAACGCGUUACUCCCGAACAACGUAAUAUUUUGGAGGAGUGUUACGGGUCCACCGAUUCGGAGAAGGUGAAACGCGUGAGGAAACUGUACCAAGAUCUAAAUCUGCCGAGAUUAUACUUGGCAUAUGAGAGGGAGACGUACGGCCAAUUGAAUGCUCACAUACAGCAAAUGUCGCGCGACCUGCCGCAAGAACUUUUCCGAAUGAUAUUGAACGACAUUUACCGCAGAACGAAAUAAAGCGAAACACUUUUUUUUUCUUUUCACUACCGAGGAAAGAGCCGAUAAUAACCCAAUGUAUGUAGACUAAGCGUCAUUAAUGCAGCCCCGUUUCCUAGCAGUGAUAUUAAACAUUUUCGAUCAGUCUUGUCGUAUCUAAAUCUAUAUUUGCACCAUGAUUAUUGGUUAUUCGAGAAAUUGACGAUGAUGCUGCAGAGCAGCUGAUUUGUCAACGUCUGUCAGUUUGAUAACUUUAGAUGCAACGUAGUUUUAGAUGUCACUUAUGUUAGGAAAUGGGACUGCAUUAACGACGCUCGGUGUACACACUCGAUAUUAUUUAAAUAUGUGUUUAACACGUUCGUCCUUACAAAAGACCAGCGUUACAUUUGCGUGACAGCAAGAAUUCUUUUUUCUAUGUCCACAUUAUUAAACUAGAAAUUUAUCUUAUGUAAUUAUGUGAAAUAAAAAUAUGAAGUGCUCCUUGGAAAAGGUCCUUCAAAUAGGGUCUACUAGCGAACGUGUUAAACUUGAUGAAAUUGUAGAAUUAAAAAUGAAUGAAUAUGAUAACAAGGGAUAACAAGGAUAAAAUGAAAAAAAAAAGAUCAAAUGUAAAAAAAAGGACAUCUCGCGUAUACAUACAUUACUUAUCUCUUGCCCACAAUCUUGCUUUAAGACGUAAGCAGUAAACAAAUUGACCAAUUACGAUCGAUUAUUCUUCUAAUAAACAACCAUAGUUGGUCAAUUUCAUUACUGCUUACGUCUUAAAGCAAAAUUGUGGAUAAGGGAUUAAUUUAAUCCAAUGAUAAAGCCUAUCUCGUUAAAGCGUAUAGUACGCGCGCACACACACACACACACACACACAAAACGUAAACAGUAAGCAAAUUGACCAAUUGCAAUCAAUAAUUCUUAGAGCCUAAAAAGAAGAUUCAAGAAAAAAGUGUAAUUGAUCAAUUUGUUUACAUUUUUGUGUGCGUCAUUACUGUAAACAAUAAUUAUUCAUUCCGACGAAUUAUUCAUUCUCAAUGAGUGAUGACAUUUACGCAGCUAGAAAUCCUCAGCUGACAUUUUUUAAUCUUUCACUCCUGCAAGCUCCCGAGUUCAGAAAUGUUUACAGAUUCUACUUUAUCCCAAGCUAUUCUGAUUUGUUCUAUCUGAUCUGUUUACUAUAUAUUAUUAUUAAUUUGAUUACUAAUUUAUUUGCGAAGCAAUGUGGUGAUUUUAAUUUCUAUAAUAUUAAAUUAACUUUUGUAGUUGAAAAAGCGUAGUUGCAUUCCCUCAUUUCAGUUUCUUCCCAAUCGUUGCUUUUAUUUGUUCCUUCCUCGGUUUAUACACGCGUUUCUCUGCGGAAAACUCUGAAUUUGUUUCGAAAGAUCCGGUCGAAGGAAUUUAUUCAACAGUAAAGCGAAACACAAACGGGAAGAACGAAAAGGAUCGGACAAUUCAGGAUGAUGCCGAUGGAGGAUAACUCGAUAACAACUCAGUACAUAACUGCGUUCAUUCUCACACUUUUAUUACAAACAAACCCUUCACGUAAUACACAAUUGUAAAGACAUGUCGUUUAACUCUUAGCAUGUAAGUUACUUAUCUAACGAUCGCUCUAUCAUGUUAGCUAUCGUAUUAAAAUUGCACAAGCGACGCGACGCGAGAUACGGUAUUAAUAGUGCGCGUUUAUUAUCUCGUCAAUCUACAAGGAAAUCCUUGAUUCCUCGCAAAAAACCUGCCUACAUAUCUCAAGCGGAUUAUUACUCUUGUUAUUGCUUUUCCUUUCAGUUUGUUUCUUCUUUUUAAAUUUGAAUACCUGUAAGGCACUUACAAGUUCGCCUUAC